CUUUAGGCCCUCUAUAUAUUACCCCAUAGCUUCAUCAACUCUUCACCACACUCACACUCACAAUAAGCUCUCUUGCUUUCUUCUUCAUACACUUCCCAACCCAUUCAAUUCUUCCACGUUCUCUCUUUUCUGCAUUCCUAAUGGCCAGUGUUGAGAUUGCACAGCAAGUACCUACAAAUGUGACAGAAACCGAAGCAGUUGAGGCAACCAAGGCAGAGGAAACAACCACAGAACAAGCAGCUACCGAGGCUCCAGCACCAGAACAACCAGCCACCGAAGAAGCAAAGGAAGAAACCAUUAUUGAAGAAGCAAAAGAUGCAGUACCAGAACCAGAAGCAACAACAGAAGCCCCUGUUGCUCAAGAAACUGAAGCUCCAGUUGAAGAAGAGACUAAGGAGGUGACAGAGGAAGGAAAGGCUGAGGCAGAGGAGGCGGCGACACCAGCCGAAAAGAUAGAAGAAAAACCAGAAGAAGUGAAAGAAGAGCAACCAGCAGCAGAGGAAACUGUUGUGACAGAGGAAUCAGCACCAGUGGAGGAAGAUAAGCCAACUGAGGAGAACAAACCAUCUGAAACCGUCGCUGAUGCCGCCCCCGUCGAAGUUCCAGUUGAGAAGACCGAAGCUUAGAUAAAUGGAGAUUGGAAAGUUGGGAAUAUGAGUUCUACCUUUUUGCAUGCCUAAAGUUGAAACCCUUUUCUUUGUUAUUAUUAAUAUUUUUUUUUUUCCGUUUAGUUUAUAUCUGUUAUUGAUGUUAUAUUCUGAAGCAAGUAUUUGGUUAUGAGAGAUAUAUAGCAGUCUUUAUGUAAGCACUAAGCAGUAAGCACUACACUUACGGCUCCACAUUAGGAUCAUGCCGAGUAGAGUGCUGAAAAUAUAAGGGAAUUUUAUUGGUAAUGUAUGGGGAUGAUGGUUUGAUUCCAGGAGGGAUCAGAUCAACUAGUUUGGUUUCA